AUGGAUUUAAAGCGGCAACUUCUUAAAAAGAAAAAGGAGAAAGAAGAUAAGAGGGAAGAGUUUAAAUCAAAAAUUAAUAGUGGAAAAAAGGAAGAAGUAGUCGAGAGGGAGGAUUUGAACAUAUGUAAUAAAAUGAUAAGAGAAGAGUCAAGAAAAAGAUUAUUAGAACUUUUAGAAAAAUGUGACGAUGUUUAUAAAUCACAAAACUUUUAUCGGAAAGUUUGUGAAGAAUUAGGAAACAUAAUUGAAAUGAGAAAAGAGAUAAUAAAAGAACUCGAGAAAACUACAAACAAGUUAGCUGAUCAUAUUUUAUAUGGAAAUUUUAUUGAGAAGGGUAGUUCAUUUGCUCAAGUAACUUCUGGGCUUGUGGCUCCAUUUUUUCCAUUUGUUCCUUAUAUUUCACCUCUCGCAGUAGGUGCUGAAGUAGUUGAUAAUGCUUACAAGUAUCAUCAAGAAAGAUAUGAAAAAAAAAGUAUGAAUAAAUUCAAAGAAAAAAUUUAUGAAGAUAAAAAAGUUCAAGAAGAAUGUAAGUUAAUUGAAUCAAUGCUUCAAAAAUCAGAGACGAUUGAUUUCGAACUUUCUAAUUCAUUA